AUGCCCGGUGUACCUACCUUUCGCGGCUGCGAUGCCUGCCACAAGCAAAAGAAAAAGUGUGAUCAAGCUUCACCUCGUUGUGCUAGAUGCGCCCGUCUCAAGAUUGCCUGCACUGGUAAAGGACAGCUGAGAUAUAAGUUCAAGGAACAAUGCAUCGGAUUUGCCCCAGUCAAGACGCCCCGGUCCAAACACUCGCCAAAGUCGCUGUCGCCCCGAGCUUCGCCCAACAACCAAAUCACCAGGUUGUCCGGUCGCUUUGCCUCUGCCCUUCAAAUCGACGAUCCCCAAUUUGACCUCAAAUGCUUUGGAGCCUGGUUCGCAAGUAUACCCACCCGUGUGGGAUCCUGCGAGCUCUUGGACAGUGCCACGGAAACUUUUCUUGAUGCGUUUGAUGACCUGCGCAGCGGGAAAAAACUAUUUCCAACGACGCUGACGAAAUACGGCAAGGCGCUCAUUAUCCUCAAUAAAGCUCUCGGAGACCCGAAGCAGAGAAGAUCGCCUUAUACUCUCUGUUCCGUCUUCAUGAUCAUGAUUGCUCAGAUGUGGGCAGGCAAGUCGGCAGAAGGCUACAUGAGCCACAUGGUGGGCAUUUGUUCCAUACUCAACUCCACCAUUGACGAGCCGUGGGACGAUUCCUUUGCUCAGUCACUACGCUACCACUUGAUUAUACCUGCUUGCACCGAAGCUAUUGUAAACCCAAACAUCUCCAUUGAUGGACGAUAUCUCGAGGUUCUCAAGACGGGUUUCGGGCCAUACCAGUCACUGGACGAGGAAAAAGGCCAGCCGAUCGAGAGCCUAGACUUACCUUGCCUGAUGCGCUUUCCAUAUUUUGUCCGUCAGCCAGAGAUCUACUACAACCAAAUGUUCCGCGAAUACAUGCGGAUGCAAACCGAGUGCCCGUUUGUACGGCGCCGGCUCAUGGAUCUUACAAACAUGGUCCAGGCAACGAACGAGGCGAAAAUCGCUCUUGUCAGAGCGCAGAUACAAAUGGGCGUAGCAUACACCAUGAUGCUGAGCUUUACGCUCGUCAUUAAUGCCUUCCUAUCAGCCCUGAACCCCAUCAACAUCAAGCUUCAGCAGGAAGCUCUAUACUACUCCCGGGAAGCCCUUUGGAUCACACGUAUCUCGAGCGAACAGCUGCCUACCGGGGCAGGCUUUAUGCCCUCAGCCUUAUUCUCGGCGUGGGUCGCCACAGACGACAGAGAGGUCAUCAUCAGCAUCGCAUCCAUCAUGAAGAAGUACGACAGCUACUGGGCUGAGCCGCAUUAUGUGGCGCAGUUUGAGACGAUGAAGGAGCGCGUCCGCGAGAUUCGCAACAGAAAAAUGGCAGAGCUCCAUGCAAGCGGCCUCCGAUGCAUGGGUAUCCCCGACUAUACAACCUUGAACGGCCUCGAAUACACGUGGGGCCUGGAUCUACCACUCAUGGACUCGGCAUCUCUGAACAAUGAUGGGCCUUGGGCGUCGAUGUCGGGGGCAUGCUGUCCGCGAGAUGAGGUGCCGAUAGAUUACUACGACUGGGACCCCAAUCUGCUGCUGUAG